AACGUCAAGCGCGAGCAGACAACGGGGGCAGCUUUCACGACUCUCCCUCCGCCUCCGCCGCUCCGUCAACGGAACUUCGAGACGCCUCCUCCCAACGGCCGCCUAUCAUGUCGCGCCGCACGGCCAAGGGCGAGUACAUCGAGACCGACACCGGUAACAAGGUCGCCCGCAAGGCCGUCCUCGUCGGCACGCAGAACAUCAUGCUCGGCGGCAAGACGGUCAUCCAGCCCGAAGUCAUGAUCCGCGGCGACCUCGCCCGCACCGCACCGUCGUCCUCCUCCUCCUCCGGCGCCGCCCCCGUCAACACGACCGCCGUCGCCAUCGGCCGCUACUGCUUCCUCGCCCGCGGUGCGCUGCUCCGCCCGCCGGGCCGCAUCUACAAGGGCGCCUACACAUUCAUGCCGCUGCGCAUGGGCGACCACGUCUUCGUCGGCCAGGGCACCGUGGUGCAGGCCGCGAGCGUCGGCAACCACGUGCACAUCGGCAAGGGGUGCACCGUGGGCGAGUUCGCCAUCAUCAAGGACUACGUCAAGAUCCUGGACGGGACCGUGGUGCCGCCCACCAUGGUGAUACCCAGCUUCUCCAUCGUCGCGGGACAGCCGGCCAAGGUGGUGGGCGAGAUACCCGAGGGCGGACACGACGAGUUUGAGCUGAGGGAUCUGUACAAGACGGUCGGCAACAAUCCUCAGCCGCCGGCUUCAUGAAGAGCAAUACCAGCUGGCUGGAUAAGCGGAGAAAUUGUCGACCUUACUAGCACCCACCGCCCUCCCAGUUUCAUGUUGGAAACGCGGUUGGAGAAACAGCCUAGAACAUGUUGCGUUGACAGAUAAAGAUUGUCACAGAACCGUCACGCGACGACUGCUGGAAAGGACCAGGCCGUUUCUAUCUGCCAACUUCUUGCUGGAAUAGGCGGCAACCAGUCUCAUAAAAUGAUGACCUGUGGCUGAUGGACGAGAGCUGCUGCAAGAAGCAAGACUCACUCAGGAGACAUUAAAAAUGUAGAGGUUGGCAUAGAAUGUGUGACCCGGUCGACAGAAGUUACAGAGUUUUCAAGCGCUAGACUUGCAGUUUUAAAUGAUACCCUUUGAUUCA